CAUUUUUCUUUAUUAGGAUCGUCGAAGGGCAGGGAAAGGGGGUGGACCUUCUGAUUCCUAGUCGCCGUUCGUUCCCCCGGAGAAGAACAAGAAGAUACCCUUUUCCACGGAAGAGAGAGAGGGGAAUCAUCGAUCCUAAUGGUGAGGGGGAAGACGGAGAUGAAGCGGAUAGAGAACGCAGCGAGCCGGCAGGUCACCUUCUCGAAGCGGAGGAACGGGCUGCUGAAGAAGGCCUUCGAGCUGUCGGUGCUUUGCGAUGUCGAGAUCGGACUCAUCGUCUUCUCUCCCCGGGGGAAGCUCUACGAGUUCUCCAGCUCUAGCUUACAAAGCACGAUCGAGCGUUAUAGAGAACGAACGAAAGAAGACACCAGCAGCACAACAAGGGAACAAGAUGCAAAGCGGAAAUACGAAGCAGAAAGCUUGUCAAAGAAGCUUGAAGAUCUUGAAGCCUCCAAACAGAAGUUCUUGGGUGAAAAACUAGACUCAUGUUUAUCGGAUGAACUGUAUGAGAUAGAGCGUAAGAUAGAGAAGAGCUUGCGUAGCAUCAGAGCAAGGAAGUAUCAUUUAAUAGAAGAGCAGAUCGCAGAACAGAAGGAAAAGGUGAGUUCUUUGGAGAAGGGGAACGAAUUACUCCAUGAGAAGGUGAAUCAACUGCGUCGGCUGCCGUCAACUGUUGCCGAGGAAGUUCCAUCACCUGGCACACAUGGCCAGCAAACCGAGGCAGACACACAGCUGCGCAUUGGUCGCCCAGGGAUGGAGACCCACGACAUGUGGAAAGGUUAUUAGAUUCGGACAUGUUUCUGGGAUCAUCAUGUGUCUUGCACACAACUAAUUACAAACACUUGUUUACUAAUCAGUAACAUCAUGUCAUGACUUAAUUAUAUGCUGAAU